AUGGAGUACAAGCAAACAGGCAAGCGCAAGAACCGACUCAAUGAUGAAGAUACAGCAGCUCCACGACCGCGUGCAGUGCGUCAACGACCAGGACUAGAAGAGUCAAGCGCGCCGGAAAACAACUCGUCACGACAAGAAGAAGACGAAGAAACGAAGGAUUCUGGUGAUUCAACACCGCCUGUGUUUUGGCGUGCGAGUGCAAAUGCCGUUGAAGCAGCAGUGGACUUAUCAGAACCCUCAACAUUUGAAGCAGCAGUAAGCGGCCCUGACCAAGUGCACUGGAGAAAAGCAAUUCAUGCAGAGCUCGAGUCAAUGCGACUUCGCGGUGUGUUUCGUGCAGCCAAGCUGCCCAACGGACAACGCGCCAUUGGCACAAAAUGGGUGUUCAAGAUCAAGCGCAAGGCGGAUGGGUCAAUCGAGAAGUACAACGCACGACUUGUGGCCAAGGGUUUCCGCCAAAAGUAUGGCAUCGACUACACGGAGACGUUUUCGCCUGUGGUCAAGUAUGUGACGCUGCGAAUGGUGAUCGCAAUUUCCAAGCAUUUUGGAUGGCCCAUCGACCAGCUUGAUGUGGUGACAGCUUUCCUGUAUGGCGUCAUGAAGGAACAAGUGUUCUGCGUGAUUCCUGAAGGCGUCGAACUUGACAGUACGUUCGACUGCCUGGAAUUGGUGAAGUCAAUUUACGGCCUCAAGCAAGCGUCGCGAGUGUGGAACGAGACGUUCGACGAGUAUGUGUGCUCCAUCGGAUUUCAAGUAUCGGACUUCGACCCAUGUCUCUACAUCAAGACUUCGGACGGCCAUUGCGUGUUUAUACUGGUCUACGUGGACGACGUCUUGGUGACUGGAAGCUCACUCGAGCUGAUUGCACAAACCAAGAACGACCUGAAGACGCGGUUCAGAAAUGACGGACAGCGGCAAGUGUGCCGUCGGUAUGUCGAUGAUAUCCUCAAGCGCUUUGGCAUGGAUGAUUGCAAGGCAGUCGCAAGUCCAGUCGACAUGAGCUCUCGACUUGUUUCAAGUGAUGCAACUACCAAGGUCGAUGCUCCUUUUCGCGAAGCUGUUGGUGCGUUGAUGCACCUGACCACUGCAACGCGUCCGGACAUUGCGUUUGCUGUGGGCUAUGUGUCGCGGUUCAUGGAAAAUCCCCAAGAAGAACACUGGGUUGCAGUUAAGCGUAUCUUUCGCUACCUACAAGGCACCAAGACGCAUGGAAUUUGCUACAAGCCAAGUGCAAGGAUCGACUUCCGUGGAUAUUCGGAUGCGGAUUGGGCUGGUGAUCUUACCGACCGCAAGUCAACAUCGGGGUACACGUUCAUGCUACUCGAGGGCAAGUGGAUUCAUCGUCUGCUUUGUGAGAUCAUGAUGGCUGCCAAUGAAGAAGGACCGGAGCUCAUGAUACAUGAAGACAAUCAGUCGUGUAUCAAGAUGACGAAGAACCCAGUCAACCACGGCCGUGCCAAGCACAUUGAUAUCAAGUACCAUCACAUCCGUGAUGAGGUCAAGCGCGGUGAAGUGAAGCUCAAGUACUGUGAAACUGCGGUGAUGUUAGCGGACAUCAUGACGAAGGGACUUCACGGGCCACGCCACAAGGAGAUGACGGCGACUCUCGGGAUUCGUGAGCAUUCGGAUUGA